UCGCCCCGAAACAAUUUUCGUAACAAACAAAACGUUUGUUGCUCAUAACAACAUCGUAUCUCAGCCACAGAAACAAACAACAACAGGAAGCAUUCGGAUCGAUUGCCUCUGGCGCCUCAGUCUUUGCCAGAAUGUCCACACCGAUGCGCACCACCCUGCGGCAGGCGUCGACGGCCGCGCGACAGCGGCAGAGCCGCACCCACCGCCUGACGCGGCACACAUGCUUCACCAUGAAGCGGACUGGCACCUUCCAGGUGCGCAAGUCGCUGGUGGAGUACGUGGACGCGGAGCUGACCGAAAUGCAGACGUCGGUGUUCUACCAGCGCAUCUUUAUACUGGCCAAAAACGGGUGCCUGGAGCCGGAGCCGGAGCCGGAGCCAGAGGUGCCGACGGCCGGCCAGGAGCCGCCCCCCAGCAGUGUGCCGGAGCCCGAGGUGAUAACUGUCGAGGUGGAGGCGGCGGCGGCGGCAGAGCCACCAGACGAGAACACGCAGGCCUCCACCACGGAGGGGUCGCAGCCCCAAACGGAGGGCACCUCCGAGGCCGUUACCGAUGCUUCGGCGGAUGGGCCAACGGUGACUCUGCCCACCCUAGACGCUGCACAGGGAGUGAACGCGGAAGCCGAUCCGGAGACGAUUACCCACACGUUUCGCUUCACCGACGACUUUGCCCUGCAGCCCACGGCCGGCGAUGAGGAGGAGGAUGAGGAGGAGGAGGCAGAGCCCGAGUCGGAGCCGGAGCCGGUCAAGGCCAAGGAGUACUUUGAGACGUUUUGCGAGAAGCUGCAGGAGCUGCACAGGAACUGCCUGCAGGAGGCCUUCACCCCGGAUCCCGUCUGCGGGCUGUACAUCUACAUGGGCGACUACGCGCUGCUGAUGCUGGAGACCAGCGAGGACAUGAUGGGCUGCUACUGCCGCCAGCUGCGGGCCUGCAGCGACGAGUUCUGGCUGAGCAAUCGCGUCUUCCACAUCGAGGAUCACAUCACGCAGCUGUACACCAAGGAGCUGACCUUCCGUCGCAUUCCGGGCGUCUUUCUCAACGAGAAGUUCCCCACCUCCACGCCCACGGAUGAGUACCUGAUGGGCAAGCAGCACAUGAUCAUCAAGGAGAAGCUGUUCAUCAUCUGUCGCCUGAUAGCGGAGAGUCUGGCGCCGCCAGAGCCCAUCCACGAUGCCGACCAGCUGCUGAGCCGGAGUCCGAGCAUCAGCCAGAGCAGACCCACCUCCGUUCAUCGCCUGCGCCUUGAGGAGGAGAAGGAGCAGGAGGAGGAGCUGGAGCAGGAGCAGGAGCAAGAGAAGGGGGAAUUGGGGCGGUCCAUCAGCGCAGUGGGUUCCCUGAAGUCGAAGAGCUCGCAGCAUACAGAGUUCCUGGCGGUGGACGUCUACCGCAAGUUUCUGCCUGAGAUCCAGCGCAUCGAACUGGUGCUGGCCUCCACGCGCUUCUACUUCACCCUGGCCGAGUUCUCCGAUCUGUACGGCAGUGCACCGCAAACGCCCGACGAGGACGGCCUCUUCUGGCCCAUCCAGAACAACUACACGCCGCCCAACAUCUUCCGUCGCACGCCGUUCGACAUCAACCUGACCUUUGCCGACUAUGUGGCGGACAAGAUGAAAACGGAUAGCGAUCACCAUAGGGCGUCCCAGGAAGACUUCGGGGAAGAGGAGGAAGUACCCCAAGCCAAGCAGCGACCCGCAGAGGAGGAUGACGAGGCGCAGGCACCGCCACCGCCAGCAGCUGAUUAAUCAAUCUCGUUCUCUCUCCUCUCUCUCUCUCUCUAUCUCUAUCUCUAUCUCUAUCUCUCU